AGGACAUGGGGAGCCCAAAAUGGAGCAGAAGAGUACUUGUGCUCAUGAUGCUAUUGAAAACCUUUACUUCAAUCUGGGCCACGGAAGUGUGCUCAAAUACAAUACUGCCAGGAUCUAAAGGCGAUCAAGGUGAGAGGGGAGAUGAAGGGGACCAGGGAAGGCUUGGAAAAGCAGGUCCACCAGGACAAAGAGGAUCACGAGGGGAACUUGGGAGUCAGGGAGACCUGGGACAGAUGGGGAAGGUUGGCCCUGCUGGAGAAAAAGGAGUCAAAGGAUUACAGGGUGCUCAUGGACCCAGUGGACUCAAAGGAAAAUCUGGCUCGACCUGUGACUGUGGAAGGUACCGGAAAGUCGUUGGCCAGUUGGACAUUAACAUUAGCAAGCUGAAGAAUGCAGUUAAGUUCUUGAAAAAUGUUAUUUUAGGCAUCCAAGAGACAGAGGAGAAGUUCUAUCUAAUAGUCAAGGAGGCUCGGAAGUUCAAAGAGGCCCAGAUGAACUGCAAGCUCAGGGGAGGCGCCCUGGCUACACCUGAAACAGAGGACACCAACUCCCUCAUCGCCAAAUACGUUGCCCAGGCCGGCCUCACCCAUGUGUUCAUCGGGCAGCGUGUCCAAGGGCAGGAGGGCGCAGACCUGGGCGUCUCUCACCCGCAGAACUACACGGCCUGGGCCCCAGGCGAGCCUAGGGAACCUACCACCAAAGAUGGGUGCGUGCAGAUGAGCAGCACAGGGGCCUGGAGCCAGUCGGAGUGCGACGCCACCAUGUACUAUGUCUGUGAGUUCUUGAAGAGGAAGAGGGGUCCUCUCAGUGUGCAGUGAGGUCAUCUCACAACAGCACGUAUUACUGGUGGCAGUGUGGUGCAGUGGUUGGCGGACUUCAGUGGUAACCAGUAAGAGAAUGGUGGGACCACUGCUGUUUCUCCAAACCUGAAUUUGUC